AAUUAGUAAACUGCACAAACAUGAACAGAGUGGUUAUAGUGCCUUUUUUAUUUUUUCUUAUCUACGCGAGAAGUACAGCAUUUGCUGGUGUUAUUGGCAGUAAUGUUGCAGGGAGUACCGCUCUUGAUAAUUACCCGCUAGUGGACGGGCAUAACGAUUUACCAUACAACCUAUAUACAAAAUUGAACGACACCUUAAAAGAAUUUCGCUUUGAAAAUAAUUUAAUUAACGACACUAUUUUCGGAUCGAGCGACUGCAGUUGUCACACUGAUUUACCCAGAUUAAAGCAAGGCAAAGUUGGGGCACAGUUCUGGGUUGCAUACGUUGAUUGUACUGUGGAAAAAGAGAAGGCUGUCGCUAAGACUUUAGAUCAAAUCGACGUUAUUAAAAGGUUAAUAAACAAGUACCCAAACGACUUGGAGUUUGUAACUACUUCCGAUGGAAUUUUAGAAGCAUUCAAACGGAAGAAAAUAGCCAGUCUUAUAGCAGUUGAAGGUGGUCACUCUAUUGACAAUAGAUUAUCGAUUUUGAGACUCUAUUAUGAGCUUGGUGUCAGAUAUUUGACUUUGACUCAUACCUGUAAUUUGGAAUGGGCCGAAUCUGCUGAAGUUGACAAAACGAAUUCCACCAAAAUUGGCUUAACUGGUUUUGGAAAGAAAAUAGUUUUGGAAAUGAACCGCUUGGGAAUGUUAGUAGAUUUAUCCCACGUGUCUGCCAAGGUAAUGCACGACGCCAUUGACGUCUCAAGGGCUCCAACUAUUUUCUCGCACUCUUCUGCAAGAGCUGUUUAUGAUCACGUUAGGAACGUAGCCGAUGAUGUCCUCUUAAAAGUGAAACGAAGUAGAGGUAUUGUGAUGGUCAAUUUUUUUUCUUAUUUUAUCCGAGGGGGAAAUGCUACUAUAAGAGACGUUGUUAACCACAUAAACCAUAUCGUGGACAUUGCUGGCGUCGAUAGCGUCGGAAUUGGUUCCGACUACGAUGGUGUGCCUGUUACGCCUAUUGGAUUAGAAAAUGUAUCCAAAUACCCAGAUCUGUUUGACUUGCUAAGAAAGCUCGACCCUAAUAGGUGGACGAUAGAAAAUUUAGAAAAACUUGCGGGGAGGAAUUUUAUAAGGGUGUUUAAGGAAGUAGAAAGGGUAAAACAGAGUCUUAAAACGGAACUGCCCGCAGAAGAUCUUUUGGGAGUCAGCAACGAAAUUUAAUGACGGCUGUUUUGUGUUUAUUAGAUAUUGAUUUGUCACUUAUUAUACUCUAAAAGUAAAUAAAUAUUAAAAAAAG